AUGAAAAAAUAUAAUAUAAUAAACUGUGCGCUGUUAGCAGGAUUUUUUCUCGAAAAUGGCGAGUGUUUGGCUUCAAAGGGAAGCACUGCGUUAAUUGGGGAGGAAGAUAUGCAAACGCCUUUUCCAGAAUGGUUAGCAGAAUUUACUAAUCUUACUCAAUGGCCCGGACUUGACCCACCUUAUGUUCCACUAGAUUAUAUAGAUCUUACUGAGGUACCAGAAUUCGAUAGGUACUACCCUGGUGAGUGCCCAAAUAUUUCCAGAGAGCAGUGCUCUUUUGACUGUUACAAUUGUGUUGAUGUUGACGAUGUAACUUCAUGUUUCAAACUCUCCCAAACAUUUGACGAUGGUCCGGCCCCGGCAACGGAAGCACUACUCGAGAAAUUGAGACACAGAACCACUUUUUUCGUUCUAGGAAUAAACACCGUUAAUUAUCCCGACAUUUAUGAGCACAUCUUGGAGAGGGGCCAUUUACUUGGUUCUCAUACGUGGUCACAUGAAUUUUUGCCAAGUUUAUCAAAUGAGGAAAUUGUGGCCCAAAUCGAAUGGUCAAUUUGGGCAAUGAAUGCCACAGGGAAUCACUUUCCUAAAUAUUUCAGACCCCCAUAUGGUGCCAUUGAUAACAGAGUCAGGGCCAUAAUUAAACAAUUUGGCUUAACGGUUGUUUUAUGGGAUCUUGAUACUUUUGAUUGGAAAUUAAUUACAAAUGAUCAAUUUAGAACAGAGGAGCAAAUACUCGAAGAUAUAGAGGUCUGGAAGGAACAAGAGAACGGCUUGAUUUUAGAGCAUGAUGGUGCACACAGGACUGUUGAUGUCGCGAUCAAAAUCAAUGAGUUAAUUGGUAAUGAUCAAUUGACCAUUGCGGAAUGUAUUGGCGAUGUAGACUACAUUGAACGCUAUAAUUAA